AUGAAGGAAGAUAGACUUGAGUAUCAUCACAAUAGUGUGUACAAGCCUGUGUCACCACCAAGCCUUACGUGGACUGCCUGCAAACAGCAGGGCACACGCAGUAACAGCAGUAGUCCCAACAGAGAAGACCAGCAACAGCAACAGGGAGUAUCCUCGCUGAAGGAACAACUGGCUGCUAUCACAGGGUCUAGGCUGGAAGGUGCUGGGGGAGCGGCGCCCCCGCCACUACUCUCUCAUAUUCUGGUCACUGACCAAGGUCACUUCCACACACACUCUACCAAGUUCCCCAUUGAGAUUAAGGAAGGUCCAACUAGCCUCCCACCAAACCCUCCUAGUCUCUCUGCGAGCUCCUUUAGCCUCGCUGAAGGUUCGUCUAGCCUCGCCCCAGGUUCUUCUAGCCUUGCCUCGGGUUCGUCUAGCCUUGCUGGGGGUUCUUCUAGUCUCGCUCGAGGACAGACUCGCCUGGAGGCGAUCUUGGCCAGCCUCAACACCAGGACAACUUCGAGGACAACCUCGACCUCCCGCUCGGCCACGCUGGGCCGAGACUCAGGGAUCAGCUUCGUGAAGGACAGUGGUGAUGUCUCCACCAGGGGCAACACACUGCCCAGGUCUCGCCCUCCAACCUUCAAUCCCAAGUCGUCCAUCACCACCCAUGCCCAUCCUCUUGCGAAUGUGAGUAGCGAGGAGGAUCGAGACCACCUGCUGACCACAGAACACCAUAACCAUCAUAGGAUCCUCAAUGGUAUAGACAAUCCAGCACUUCUCGACGACACUCUCAUGCCUAGUUAUCGAGCUCCUGGAGGUGGAGGUGCAGUUGCAGUAUGCCACACUGGUAUCCCACCAGAGGGAACACUGGCUGGAGUGUUACCUUCACAGCAGACACGACCCUAUGAGUCGCCCUUCCUCCCUCGCUCCAACUACCGACCCUCGGCACUCCAGCAGCAACACCAAGCUGCAUCUCAGCAGCUUCCAGCACCACCCCAGCAUCACACAGCCUCCUCCCAUCUCCACCCAGCUAUAUCCCAGCACCAACCAGCCACCUCCCAGCACCACCCAGCCAGCACUCAGCAAGCAAACUUUACUAGGGAGACAUGGAUGCGUGCUUCACAAGGACAGUUCAACGGCCUUGCUGAGAUCCACCCACCUCAAGGACACCUGCACCUCAAUGGCCACAUCUCUCAGCACCAUUCACUUGCGUCUGGUCAUGUCUCAAAUGGCAGUAUACAUAACCAUGCCAUAAACCAUCUGGAGGGACAACACUCCCACCCCAGUACACACCAUGCCCACCCUAACAGCCAACACACUCAUCCCAAUAACCACCACCCACAUGUGAAUGGUCAUCAGGAACCUGUCAAUGGUGUCAGUAACCAAAAUAACAGGACAGCUUGUGGCACAGAUGAGAACCACAUCAACAAUGCACAGGAGCAACAGGAUGACCAACACAAGGACGACAAGUGGGGCUCCCUCACUCGUGGUCUAGCCGCUCGUAAAUAUCAACACCUUAAAGAAAAAAUAUCUAGUAAAUUUUCACGUGGGGACAAACCUGAAGACCGCACCACUUCCUCUCAGGUGGAUGGAAAAGUCAUGUCAUCUCAGGGAACGAACACACUAGGCACACCAUCUGGUAAUGCCAACAACUCUAAUGGGAGCUCCCAAGAGGAAGCAGGAGGUAUACAAGCAGGACCAUCAAGAGAUAGUGGUCGUGUCAACAAGCUCAAUACAAGUUUCCGCAAAGCAAUCCACCAGAGUUCACAGAAGACCAACCUGCAGGAAGCUACGGUAGAGACCAGUUUAAGCACAAGCCAAGAGUGUGCAAGUCAGCAGGGUGGUGGUCUUCCUCCUCACUACCCUCGUAGUUCAGUCCAGUACCACGCACACCACCCAACUUCUCUGCUCUCUCCAGGUCACCGUGCACCUGCACCACUGCCUCAGUCCUCCCCGCAGUUGAAUCACCAGCACCAGAAUGACCCUUUCGGACAUGGCUUAGCCAACAGACGCUCAGGUUCCUACCAUCAUUUGUCUCAGCUUCGACCGAACGCUCCCUCUUGGCGCUCUCAUCAUUACUCUGUUGAGAACUUGGUUGAUGCUCAAGCAUUGCCAUCUGACCACACUUAUUCUGGACCAGCUGUGAGCACCGGACGUGGACAACCCACAGGUGGUGAAAAUGUUGGCUCAGGUGGUUCAGACUCGGGGCGUGGAACAGCAGGCAGCGGUGGAGAUGGUCGGGUUCCUAACAAUUUAGACACUAGCCUCGACUCUUCUGCAUCACAACGGCAGAAUAAUCAAGGCCACUCAUCGAGCAAUGACUCCGAGUGGGUGGACAUGACUGAUGCAGAGUUGCAGCGCAUCAUGAAGAAGACCUGUGAAGGCAAAACCAGUGGAGGCUUGAAAAGUCGAGAGUCCCUCGCCGCCACGCCGCCCUUGCCGCCACUCUCACCUGAGGCCUCCCCUCAGCACUCCCCUCAGCCCUCCCCUCUACCCUCCCCACCAAGACAUCGCAAAUACAGCCUCUCUUACAGCAAUGGCCUGAACAAACCUGACCUUCUGGAGGCAGCAGGACGGGACGGGAGUAAGAGAGGAGUGGUGGAGGGACGAACCAACACUAUCCCGCAGGAGGGUUCCCAGUCCACAACCAGGAGGACAGGUGGCUCACACACACAACAUACACAUGCAAGUGGCAAGACAGUGUCCAGCGGUGGGAGCAGUGGACACAGGUCACUGGGGGUCCUGGCAAGCACUUGGUCACACAAGAAGGAUGAUGAAAGGCACAAUAAUGCUCUAUUUGAAUCACUAAACAAAAAUAAAAAUAGAGUUAAUUUAGGUCCCAGUGGAGUUGACCUGGAUAAUGGAGAUAUAACAUCCACAACUGAUGCACUAGACCUGGACUCCAUGCUGGACGGUGUGACGGAAGCUACGACGGAUGAUGACGCUACCUCUGCUUAUGACCCAGAUGUUCACCUCAUCAGGAAGCAAUUGGAGGGUCUGGAGGGAAUGUAUUCUGAGGUUCUAAAGUUACUAGGUGGUGGUCGCAGAGGUGGUCGCCACAUCCUGGGUAAUGGUAUGGGUGACCUCAAGACUUCUCGGCGACGGUUACACGGCUCUCUCUCCUCACUGCCAUCAUCUAUAGUGUCAUCGAGGCCAGGGAGAGACAAGCGCAGGGUCAUAGACGACCGUGUGAGGAAGACUGCCAGGGAUGGCGGUGGCAAGUCGAUACACAAGCGGUUUCAGCGACUUGAGAGUCAUGUGGUAACACUAGCACGGAGUGUGGCACACCUCAGCUCUGAGAUGCGCACACAACACCUCAUGUUUCAGGAAAUUGAAAGUAUACGUGGGGAGCUGGCAACGAUACGAGGUGGAGGUGGUGGACACGGAGGCGGCAACAAUCCCAGGAGCGGUCAUGUCUCAUGGGACUCCUUUAAGGCUGGUCUUCCCGGACUCUCUAAUCCUGGUAGAGUGAAAAAGCUUACACAAUUCUUCGGUGACGAGCCUCCCCUGGUGAGGAUCUUCCUCAGAAAGCUGGGCUAUGAGAAGUACGCUGGUUUGUUCGAACAGGAGAAGAUUGGGAUGCUGGAGCUUCCGUACUUAACAGAAGAGCGCUUGCAGAAGAUUGGCAUUCCUAUGGGGCCAAGACUUCGAAUCUUGCAGGAGGCCCAGGGACCCAUCAGGAAGGAAGGAAACCUCAGUGUCUAUGUAGUUUGAAGAAAUUAAAAUUCUUCUAUUACUGUGCCAGUUUAUUACUUUGUAACAUAGGAAAUAAGAUUUUUCAAUGCAGGUAUUAUGACCUGAAGGGACUCAAAGACUUGAAACCAAAUAUUGUGUUUUCUUGAGUUUGUUUAUUUCAUCUAAGUGUACAUGAUGUGACAUGAUGCAGUUGUUUAGGAAAACAUUUGUUCAGUUUCCCUACAGUUAAGAGUAUGAGAGAACCUCUCUUAUAUACAGGUGCUCCUAUACUUACGAUGGUUCGACUUACGAUAUUUCAACUUACGAUGGUGCAAAAGCAAUUAUUUUGGAGAUGAAACUUGAGAUAAUUACCCAGCAUGAAGGUGACAGGUCCAUAACUUAUAUUCAUACAUUUACUUUUACUAGUAUUUAGUUAGUUACAUUAAUUAUUUGUUUAUUUACUUAUUCAGUGACACUAGUUAUUUAUUUACUUAUUUAUUUAGCAUAUACAUUCAUUUUUGACUCACGAUAUUUUCUACUUAAGAUGGGUGUGUCGCAAUGUAACCUCAUUGUAAAUUAAGGAGCACCUUUAAUACGAGUUUUUGAAAUCAUGAUCCUAUCAUGAUAUUUGAGAAUUCAUCAUGAUUGCUAGACUUGCCAAAGCCCAUGUAUGUACUACAUAGGUAAUAAUAUAGCAGAUGUAAGUGUAAUUACCAUAUAGUAUUAAGUUAUCAUAGCCAAAGCCACAACUUUGCCUAUUGGUCGAGAGUUUGAUGUAGUCUACUUACAGUAUCGUCCACAUGAUGUAGCGACUGCCCAGAUGAACCUUUAUAUUUGCCGAGCUACAGUAUCCUUCGUGUAAUGAACUCUCUCGUGCAAGUAGAAAAUAUGUUGAAAAUGGCAUACAACACUGACAAGUUGAUGAGUAAGAUACAUGUUGAGUACAAUGACACAUUUUGUAUAGGUGAUAUAUUUCACCAAUAAAGAUACCCAACUGCUGCACAUGUAUCUUACUCAUCAAGUAGAAAACAGAAAGAUUUGUUAACUUGCAUAUCACUAAGUCAUUCAUAGCAAGACACCUUUAAUGCUAUGUCAAAUGUCUUAUAACAUCACUUAAUUUAACCACAGAACUAUAACAAACACUGGUCAAUGGUGCAAACACAUCCACAUGGAGACAAUAAUGUUAUAUAAGUAGCAUGUUUCAGCUCCACCCAGAGGCCCUCUUCAGUUCACCUCAGUUUCAAUUUAAGGCUGAAAUAUGUGAUGCUAUACUCCCUGUUUUUACCUUUUUUUUCCUUGAAGGUAGGGUCAACCUGGGAAGGAAACUCAUCCACCAUUACUUGGUCAAUAGCUGUCUUGCUGUAAGUGUUUGUACAUCACAAUUUAAAUGACCAUCUGAAGUGCAGCAUCCCUUCUUGAUGCAUGAGGACAACACUUUACUCUGUGAAGCUGAAAUUAUUAGUACAAUAAUUUUUGAAGUACAUGUACAGUGGACCCCCUGCCUAAUGUUGGCAUCACAUAACGUUAAAUCCACCUAGCGAUACAUUUUAUCGCUAAAAUUUUGCCUCGCCUAGCGCUAAAAAACUCGUUCAACGCGAUUCGUCCGAGACGCGUCUGUGUGCGGCCUGAGCAGCCUCACUUGUUCCGCCAGUGGCAUUGUUUACAAGCCAGCCUCCGCGGUAACAUCCGAGCAUACAAUCGGAACAUUUUGUAUUAUUACAGUGUUUUUAGUGAUUUCACCUGCAAAAUAAGUGACCAUGGGCCCCAAGAAAGCUUCUAGUGCCAACCCUACAGGAAUAAGGGUGAGAAUUACUAUGGAGAUGAAGAAAGAGAUCAUUGCUAAGUAUGAAAGUGGAGUGCGUGUCUCCGAGCUGGCCAGGUUGUAUAGAAAACCCAAUCAACCAUCGCUACUAUUGUGUCCAAGAAAACGGCAAUCAAGGAAGCUGUUCUUACCAAAGGUGCAACUUUGUUUUCGAAACAGAGAUUGCAAGUGAUAGAAGAUGUUGAGAGGCUGUUAUUGGUGUGGAUAAACGAAAAACAGAUAGCAGGAGAUAGGAUCUCUCAAGCGAUCAUAAGUGAAAAGGCUAGGAAGUUGCAUGACGAUUUAAUUAGAAAAAUGCCUGCAACUAGUGGUGAUGUAAGUGAAUUUAAGGCCAGCAAAGGUUGGUUUGAGAGAUUUAAGAAGCAUAGUGGCAUACAUUGUGUGAUAAGGCAUGGUGAGGCUGCCAGUUCGGACCACAAAGCAGCUGAAAAAUAUGUGCAGGAAUUCAAGGAGUACAUAGACAGUGAAGGAUUGAAACCUGAACAAGUGUUUGUGACGAAACAGGCCUGUUUUGGAAGAAAAUGCCAAGCAGGACCUACAUUACUUAGGAGGAAAAGGCACUCCCAGGACAUAAGCCUAUGAAAGACAGGCUUACUCUGUUAAUGUGUGCCAAUGCUAGUGGUGAUUGCAAAGUGAAGCCUUUAUUGGUGUAUCACUCUAAAACUCCCAGAGUGUUCAGGCAAAAGAAUAUCAAGACUAAUUUGUGUGCUGUGGAGGGCAAACAGUAAGGCAUGGGUCACUAGGGACUUUUUCUAUGACUGGUUACACCAUGCAUUUGCCCCCACUUUGAAAAAUUACCUAAUUGAAAAGAAAUUAGAUCUUAAGUGCCUCCUGGUGUUAGACAAUGCCUCUGGUCAUCCUACAGACUUGGCAGAGUGACUUUGUGGGGGCAUGAGCUUCAUUAAGGUCAAGUUUUUGCCUCCUAAUACCACUCCUCUCCUGCAGCCCAUGGACCAGCAGGUCAUUGCAAACUUCAAAAAACUGUACACAAAAUCUCUGUUUGAAAGGUGCUUUGUAGCGACCUCAGAAACUCAAUUGACUCUAAGAGGGUUUUGGAGAGAUCACUUUCAUAUCCUCAAUUGUGUAAACCUUAUAGGUAAGGCUUGGGAGGGAGUGACUAAGAGGACCUUAAACUCUGCUUGGAAGAAACUGUGGCCAGAAUGUGUAGACCAAAGGGAUUUUGAAGGAUUUGAGGCUAACCCUGAGGGGUGUAUGCCAGUUGAGGAAACAAUUGUGGCACUGGAGAAGUCCUUGGGGUUGGAUGUGGAAGAGUUGGUGGAGGAGGACAAUGAAGAAUUAACCAGUGAUGAGCUGCUAGAUCAUCUUCAACAGCAAGAGGCCACACCUGAGGAAACUGCUUCGGAGGAGGGAAGAGAGAAAUUGAAGAAGUUGCCUACUUCAAAGAUUAAGGAAAUCUGUGCAAAGUGGCUUGAAGUGCAAACCUUUAUGGAUGAAAAUCACCCUCAGACAGCUGUUGCAAGCCGUGUUGGCAACCUGUACACUGACAAUGUUGUGAACCACUUUAAGAAAGUCAUAAAGGAACGGGAGGUACAGACCUCUAUGGACAGAUAUGUUGUGUGACGGAAGUCCAGUGACUCUGAAGCUGGUCCUAGUGGCAUUAAAAGAAGAAGGGAAGUAACCCCGGAAAAGGACUUGACACGUCAAGUCCUAAUGGAAGGGGAUUCCCCUUCUAAACACUAAGACCAUCAACACUCUCCCCUCCUCCCAUCCCAUCAAUCAUCACCAGAUCUUCAAUAAAGGUAAGUGUCAUGUAACUGUGCAUAUCUUCUUCAGUUUGUGUGUAUUAAAAUUAAUAUUUCAUGUGGUAAAAAUUUUUUUUUUUCAUACUUUUGGGUGUCUUGCACCGAUUAAUUUGAUUUCCAUUAUUUCUUAU